AUGAUGACUAUCACGACACCCACCCCCCCACCCCCACCCCAACCCGCUACAACAACCGCCACAACAACCGUCAAAACGGUCACCAUGAUGACCAUCACUAUGACCGACACUAUGACCGCCACUAUGAUCGUAGCCACGGCCGCCAUGACACCCACCAUAACGACCACCAUGACGACCAUCCUGAUGAUCAUCACGACGACCACCACGAUGAUCUUCACGAUGACCACCGUGAAAACGGGGAUGAUCACCAUGGCAAUGAUGACCAUGCCCAUCGUCCUCGUCCAGCCUAUAACGCUGUUCGUUGCUCAUAUUUUGCUGUUUUGUAUUCCAACAGGUACCCGGAAAAAGCCAAAGAGUCCGGAUGCUUUCCAGAUUGGCUUCCCUAUGCGCACUAACUACAUGUAUGGAAGGAUAAAGAAGACCCUACUCAUUGAAAUCUUCGCCCUCACUGUCUGCCUCUGGAUAAAAGGGGGAUCAGGGCCUGGCCUCGGCACGCCCUUCUCCUACUCUGUCCCGGGACAGGCCAACGAACUGGUUCUGAUCGAAUGGGGCAACAACCCCAUGGAACUACUGGUUAACGACAAUGCAGUGACAUUGCCCAUGGCAAUGACGGAUGGGAAGUGGCACCACCUGUGCAUGACAUGGUCAACACACGAUGGGCAUUGGGAGGCCUUCCAGGAUGGUGUUAAAAGGGGGUCUGGAGAGAACCUAUCUACAUGGCAUCCCAUCAAGCCUGGUGGAGUCUUUAUUCUGGGCCAGGAACAGGAUACCCUAGGUGGCCGAUUUGACGCCACCCAGUCCUUCGUGGGCGAGAUGUCAGACCUCCAGUUGUGGUCCCGCGUUCUCACACCCAAUGAAAUCUAUAGCCAGGCUUCCUGCGGAGGUCACCUGGCGGGUGACCUCAUCUCCUGGACAGAGGCAGUGGUCGAGCUUCACGGCGGGGUCACCAAAUACCCCUUUGACCCCUGCCACUAAGGUCUACCCCACUCUGCCUCAUCGAAAUGGCCCCUGAUGUUAUUUAACGAGCUGUCUGGUGUGGCAGCAGGGCUCUGUGCACUACGCUGCAGACACAUGACAGGCCCUUAGCAACAAACCAGGCUGGCCCUUAGCCAUUCUGCAAUUUUGCCAUCCCUUUCCUCUCUGUUCUGCCUUCCCCCUCGCUGGGCCGAGGAACUGGGAAGACUUUAAAAGAGCAAAGGCUGGAUUUAACUGAAUGGCCAUGACCGCUGCUGCUCCCGGGAUCCAAUACCGGUAAUAGGAUUCCCUGUCUUUAAAUGGGUCCACCCAUGUUUGCCUCGGCCUUAGUAAAGCCCUUCAUCAGUCAGGUGUUCAAGGAAUCAUAACAUUUUACUGGGACAUAUUAUGCCGGGAUAUGGUUCUCAAAAUCCUAAUACUGCAGAUGUUAUUUGUUCGUCUUUCUGUUUUUGACUGGUAAGCAGGACGAUACCAGUGACUAAAAGGAACGCACUGAGGUGGAAUGCUCAUAAACCAACUGUGGACAGUAUGGAAUGAACAAACAUAAAGGCACUCAAAACAGCCACACAGAUGGCAAGUGUAUGAGUUAAAAGACAUUGAUAAUGAUUUGAUGAUUGAAUGUGAUGAAUGUGAGGUACUACAUUGUAUUUUUUGUACAUGAAGA